UACAAAAUGGCUGCGCCCUUACGACCGACCGGAGUGUUGUGUCUGCUCUCUCGGAUUCACAAUGUGAAAGUCAACAAUCACUUAAAUGUUCUAAAUUUUCCCCAACACUUUUACAGCCACUUCUCUCCAUUAGCUACAUAUAAAUCUAAAGCGGUUUGUGUAUCUUUGACGCUUCCUAAUGGAAGCUCAAGGAGAGAAAAAAAUGUGCUGUCAAAGCAGAAGUCUACCGACAGUUCCACAAGCAGAACACACUUUCCCGAGAAAGUUGGACCGACAAAAGAGGGAACUCUGACCCCCUCAAUGAACGGAGAUUUGAACAACGGCCGUCUUGGUCACUUCAUGCAGAUGUACGAAGACUUUGUCGGACUUACUGAAGUCAAACAUGCCCAAGACAAAGUUGUGAAGGCGGAGCAGCAGUUUCUCCAGGUACAGGAGGACAGACGGACCAUGCAACAAGAACUCACAACGGUGCAGGCAGAGGUUCGAACCCUGGGGGCAGAACUAGAGAAAACCAAUCGCACAGACUCCAAGUACAUCGACCUGGUCAAGAAAGAGCACGAGAUUCUCCUGGUGGAGAAGGACAUGACCAACAGGAUCAAGGCCCUGGACAAAGCCGAGAGGGAUUUCUUCUCUCUGCUCAGCGCUGCCGUCCGCGAGAGCCACGAGAAAGAGAGAGCCCGGGCGGAGAAGACCAAGUACUGGUCCAUCAUCGGCUCAGUGAUUGGAGCUAUUAUUGGAAUCGUGGGGUCGACUGUCAACAACCAUCGGAGGAUGACGCAGAUGAGGGCAAUUCUCACUGAGUCAGGGGAGAGCACUGCAGAGUAUAAAGCUAUGACAGACAAAUUGUUACAAACUAUUAGCCAGAAUUCAACUUCCGAGAGCUUUCAUUUUAUCCAGAACACAGAGAGUGGUGAUGUGAACACACAAAAGCAAAAAUUUGAACCCGAUUCCUUCGUGGUCAGCUCGCAGCUGAUGGAGAAACAAAGGGAGGAAAUUCUACACAGCAUAGAUAAACAAUCAGCGGUUGUUAUUUCUCAACUCGACGAAAUUCACCGACUUGUCGGAGUCCAACGAGCCCAGCAAGGGGAGACAAAUGUGGUGUAUGUCGGGCCGGAGAUCCAGACGAUGUUAGAGAGUACGCGGGAGAGUCUAGGAGAGAGGAUGAAACAGAACACGCUGGCGUCUACUGCGGCUAUCUCCGGCGUGUUGUCCAUUGGCAUUCUGGCGCUGGUUUAUGUCAUCAGAGGCUCAUCUUGACCUGUACCGUCUACCAUUACUACCAAGGGUCUGUCCCCGUGGUUUUAUGCACUCCGCAUAAUUUAGCGAAAUUUGACCAUUUUUUUUCAUAAUUUCUUAUUAUUUUUUCCUUUAUCUUUCUUUGUUAAAAAAAAAAAAAUCGCUUAAUUUCACAUUUUUGGGGUCAGUUUGCUUAAAAUGACGGGGACAGAGGGGAGCUAGCCAGUGAGGAGAGGUAUUCCUACAACUUUCAAUGUUACUUGUGUGGCAUUGUUGUGAAAUCGAGUGCUUGUUAAAAUAAUAUUAUCAUGAAAUCAAAGAAACCUCCAUUUUUCAGCUUGUUGGGCAAUUUUCAUCUUUUUUUUUUUGUUCAUCACAUAUAAUGUCCAUUGAAAAACUCAUUUCUACUGUGCGGAUUUUGCUGAAGAACUUUGACCAAAGGCACAAAAAAUGUACAUUUUUGCAAUUUCCAAGAACACUCAAGCAUGGAAGACACUUAUUGGCAGCCAUUUUCUCGCUGCUAAUUUAUCCUGUAAAACCGCGUGAACCCCCACUUCCUUCAAUCGCAAUUUAUAUCUCAACUUCUAUUUAAAGGAAAGAUGGGUAUUUUUUCAUUAAAAACCAAGUCAAAAGAACAGGCUUUAUUAAGAUGAUACCAAUAACUCCAUAUGGCCAAAAAUUGCCAAGCGCCCAAUUUCACGUGUCGUGACACAUCUGUUAUCAUGAUGAUAGUACAAUUGCUUGAGUCAUUUUUUUCCAGGUUUCCAGAUUAUUGGUAGCCUACCAGUACCGUAUGGUAAAAAUUCCUGUCUUUUUUUAAAUACCUGCAGUAUAGCAGGAUUUUGUUUUAUGUACUAAAAAUCCAAUUAUUAAGACAUUUACAUUUUUGUGCAAAUUAUGUCAUAAAGCUGACCCUGUUUUUAAAGAUUUCUCAAAAAAGAAAAAUAUGACUCGAGCAGUUGUGUUAUGAUUAUGACAGUGACAAUCUGUACAGUAUCAAGGUUACCUACAGGUGUCGCUAAUACUUACAGAACCGGUACCCCUCAAGUAUAAGUAUGGAAUGUUCCAGAAUUUUUAUAUUUAUUGAUAACUCAUGCAAUCGUAAUACAUAGCUCAUGUCUCCUAGAUGAAUGCAAAGUCAGCAUUUCUAUGUGCUCACUUCACAAGGAAAAUCUGAAAUCCCACUCAUUGCCAGAGGUAACCAUAAUCAGUGUACGGUUCCAACGACACAAUUCUGCUUGAAUUUUAAAUCCACUUCUACUUUAGUUAUUUAGAUAUUUAAUGCCACUCUCCAUUAAUGUAUUUUUCACACACAUUGAAAUUUGAUUAUGUUUGGAGAAAAAUAUAUAUGUAGGUCUCAAAAGAACAGAUUCUUUGUGGUUUGAUUUUUUAAUUUAAUUCUUUUUAAAAUAUUAGGAUCAUUAUCAUAUAUAUGAGUAUUACAAGGGGAAAUGUCCAGUUUGAAACUUUUUGAAACAACAUUUAUAAAGUUCUUGUAUUGCAAUCUUUGUUGUCAAAGAUUUUUCUUAUAUUUGUAUCCGCAAAAUGAAAUCUAUUACUAUUAGUAUUAUUAGUGGCGUAGGCCAAAACAGAAUUUAUUAAUAAUAUUGCUCCUCAGGUCAGUGAUGGUCAAAGUCAAAAUGAAAUUAUUUAUGGGAGAGGAGGUGAAGAAGGGGAAGAGAUACAGAGGUAAAAGAGUGAGAGAGGGAAAGGGAAAGAGAUGUGAUGAGAGAAAAGAGAGAGAGAGAGUGAAAGGGAGAGAAAGAGAU